AUGGAAACCAUCCUACUCUCACACCACAAUGCGGUCGUGCACUACGCACUCUUCUCCCUCCGCAACGCCUCCUAUCUGCGUCAACGCCUCGUCGCUGCGUCGACCCUACCCGAUGACGAACACGGUACGAGCGAGCGCCAAGCCGUCGACUUUGCGUUCGUCGAUGCUUCCAUGGUCAGUGCACCGACCUGUUCCCAGAUGAAGCUGCACACGGAGUUGAUGCCGCGCCGCUCUCCCCUCCAGUUGACUUCUCGCCUUCACCUCCUGACCGCAGUCUCGCAAGCGCUGCUCAGUCGCUCGAAUGGCACCGCAAGAACCCAUACGAUCCAUUCCGAGAUACUCUAUGCUCUCGAACCUGGAACAAAUGUAAGUCCACAUAGCCAGUCUUUGUUCGAGCGUUUGAUGCCCCAAGCUCAUCUUCUUCCCCUCGCAGAUCUCCGACUCGUUGAAACAUUUUGGCCUCUCGAACACGACCCAACACCUCUGUCUAGUCCACGUCACCUCCGUUCCCUCCGAAUCCCUCAGACCCAUCAACGAAGCAGGCGAAAGAGUAUUGGAAAGGAUGCAAGCUUUGGCAGAUGGUGGGGAUUUGCUCAGCUUGGAUCAACUGGGUGGGCAUCAUGAAGGAAGUUUCGUGAAUGAGAAGAGUCUGAGGAAGGUAGGGUCAUACUCCCCUUUUCGUGGCCACGCUGUCCUAUUGCACUCUGUGCGACCACUCUCUAAACCACCGAACUGACCUCGAUUUCGAUGCCCUUCGCGUCCUUGACGUUUGCUCCCCGUCCGCGCCUCUCCGCUCCCAUAGCUCUACAAACUCAACCAAGACCCCCUUCUACUCAAAGCCCACGCUUCCAACAAGCCUCGAGCCUCUUCAAAAGCCCUGGACGAACUCGUCACUUCCGCCGUGGCGCUCAAGGUUGUCACCUGA